GAUUGUAUUCUAUUUGAAUCGCUUCAUUAUUUUGUGGUCUUUUUUUUCAGUACGUUCCUACCUGUUUCACAAUCCGUAUAAAUAAGAAUUUCAGUCGAAACUCUGAUGUCAGUCGCAGUUACUUGCAUGUGAAAGAAGUAUGAAACGAAUUGCGAUCCUUUUAGUUUCCCUGCUGAGAUGGACCAUCAUUUCCGCGUCUGUGACAGAACCACCCACUGUCGCGCUCAACAAAACCAAGAGAACACUGACAGAUACUGCAACUUAUGGGGAGAAACCGGCACCUCUAUUCUACGCCAUUCCCGAUGGAACUAGGCCAGACUUCUUCGCGACUACUAAAACUUUCGCAUUGGCAAAACCGCCAUUAUCAGCUGUGUUCGACCCUGAAGUGCCAAAACAAGUAGCUGCUCAGCAAGUUUUGUACGAGUAUCAACAGACGCCCACCAACGCUGUAUCCAAUGUGCACGUUAAACAACUCUUUCAACCACUCGAAACUAGCGAUGGAAACAAUACGCCACAAUUCAACCAAAACAAUCAAUUCAACCAAAACAAUCACCAGAACCAACAACAUCAGCAGCAGAACCACCAAAAUACGCACACUUCUGAGACUGUUGUCAAUCCUGUACAGCACAGUUCUUUGGUUAACCAUGGACAAAACUACGCUCAUGUCCAGUUUCAACCAUAUUACCCUCAACAUACCCAAACCCAACAUUAUGUUCCUGGUAGGUACUUCUAUGUCAACGGAAAAUACGUGUAUCCUCCACUGACUUCUCAGCCUCAUUAUCCUGCUCAAAGCCAGAAUCAGUUCCAAAAUGCGAACGCGCCUCAACAAGUCAACAAACCAGUAAGUUAUAUAACGUAUGGAACAGCAAAUAAUCUCUUAAAACAAAGACUGACACCUCCACCAACUGGGGCGCCAAUGAACUACAACAAAUUUGUACCACCACAAAAACAGGACAUUCAACCAAUCACCAAACCAGUUCAGUCCACUCCAAAAGUCCGAGAAGAAGUAGAUGAAGAAGAAGAAAACGCAUCUGUUCAGAAAGAAGAUGAAAGAAACGAAGACAGCAACGAAGAUGAUAACGACGAGAAGUCUAACUAUGAAGAAGAAAGCGAAGAAGGCGAUGAUCAUUAUGGGAAGUAUUUCGAUGAAGAGGAAGAAGAUAAUGGACGUUAUAGAGAAGAGCAAGAAGAGGAAGAGGAAGAUGACAGUGACAGGAAAGCUUCGAAAGUGGUAAAGGUACACAGGUCUCCAAGCAAACAUAAAAAAAACAGUCCCACCAAGAAACGCCAUAAUGACAAAAACAAUUAUGCUUGGAGUGAAUCUUAUAGUCACAGCAGCAAGUAUGAGAAUGGUAAGAAGAAAUCAGAUAAAAGCAAAGAGAGCAAAAAAUACGACACUACCAAAAAGAAGGCAGGCAAGAAGAAUAGGAGCAAACCAAAGAAAGGAGGAGAUAGAAUUGAAGGAAGAUACAGCCAUAAUAUACCAGUAAUCCACGAACAUAACAUAUUCAGGGAAAAAUGGUAUUUAUCGAAAUCUAAAAACGACAGAAAAUCUUGAGUGAAUACUUGAUUAAUUUUCUACUAUUAAAGUGUGAUAUCCUUCGUAAAAGAUGUGCCUCAGUUCGAAGUAUCGUGCAUCGAAGUUAAUCUUCAUCAUUUUCGAGUCGAAGUCUGAUUGAAUCUCGAAUGUUAUCAUUAAUGCCAAGGAAAUUUUAAUCUAUUUUAGCGGAACUUCUUGCAAUUGUUUGUGAGCUAUUUUUUCGUAAGCUAGUUCGAGAAAAGUUGUAAUAUGAAGAGUGUAUGUUUAUAUGAAUAAAUAUG